AUGUACCCUGGACCUACACUCUUCUAUGUGCGAUGGUAUGGUGUCAGCAGGGCGGUGUACCUGCUGACGUCUCUGGCGCUGGUGCUCAGCGUGGGCUUGCUGAGCGUCAACCCUUUCCUGACGGUGUCCGCGCAGGGCGUGGCGCAGCUGCCGGCCUUCAUCGCGGUCCACUGCUGCGCCUCCAGGUUCGGCCGGCGCUGGUCCGCUGCCGCCUAUCCACUGCUGGCCGCAGUCGCAGGGGCUGUCCUCGUGCUGAUGGUGACCACGGGUACUUCCGGCAUCGCCCUGACCGCGGUGGCCUUUGCGAUGCAGUUCUUCACAACUGCGAGUGGUGGCAUAUCACACUUGCAGAGCGCGGAAGUGCACCCCACGUGCCUCCGGCAGAUUACUGCCAGCCUCGAAUGGUCGAUCGCUGCCAUCUUUCUCUCCCUCCUUCCGUACAUAGUAUUCAAGGCUGGAUCUGUAGAUGAACGGCUGCCAUUUGCCAUCCUCUCGGCACUCAAUGUACUGGCAGCUGUUUCCGUGUCGUUCUUGCCAGAAUCAGCUCUGCAAAGGCUUCCGGAGACCCUGAAGGAUGCUGCAGUAUUUGGACGAGGUCGUCGUUACUGGAGCUGGAAGCCUAAGCCACCACCGAUUUCUACAACAGAGCAACAUGUUCUCACAUGA